AUGCGAAACAACACCUUCACCGGCCCAAUCCCUCAAGAGAUUGGUCGCCUCAUAAGGCUUCAACUGAUCGAGUUUAGUAAUAAUUCUUUUGGAGGUGGGAUUCCAACAAACCUAUCACAAUGCCCAAAUCUUUAUUACCUGAAUUUGAUUGACAAUGAUCUCACCGGGGGCAUAGUCCCCGAGAUAGCUUCUCUUGUCAACCUCCAAGCUUUAGGCUUGUCGAUAAACAUGCUUGCAGGGACUAUCCCGCCAUUCAUAGGAAACCUCACAGAUCUAUCCCGACUGUCGUUAGGUUCUUGCCACUUCAAGGGAAAGAUUCCAGAGUCGCUCGCUAAACUUGGAAGAUUGCAGCUGCUAGUUUUGAGUGAGAAUGAUCUAACUGGUUCUAUUCCAUCAGGCCUCUACAAUCUUUCAAGUGUUGAGAUUUUCGAAUUAAAUUCCAAUCGGCUCCAUGGAGACAUACCUUCCAAUAUAGGCUAUACACUUCCCAAGUUGAGGCACCUUUAUUUGAGUUUUAAUAAUUUCAGUGGAGCGCUUCCAGCUUCGCUAUCUAACUCUUCCCUCAUUGAACACAUAGAAAUAGAUGCUAACAGUUUCACCGGAAAUAUGAUAGAUUUAACUAGGUGUUCAGCUCUUAAAAUGCUUAUGGUUGAAGAUAACCGUUUCAAUGGAGAUAUAGGUACUAUUAUGUCAUCCCUCACAAACUGCACCAACCUUGCAGCUUUGAUGUUGAAUGAAAACCAUUUCACUGGUUCGUUACCAGAUUCCAUGGGCAAUCUUUCUAAUCACUUGUGGUACUUACGCCUCGAUAAUAAUCAGUUAAGUGGAAGCAUUCCAUCCAGUAUAGGAAACCUUGUUGGUCUCACUACUUUAGUAGCUGAUACCAAUAAUCUAAAAGGCCAAAUUCCUUCCUCCAUUGGAAAACUCCAUUUCAUUGGGCAACUUGACUUUGUUGAACAUUCUUUCCUUAGCAUUAAAUAA